AGCAACACAAGCAGAAAAGCGAAACAGUGAGUCAGCCUGUUCUACAGCAACAGUACGAUCCCUAUACCGGCCAACUGGUCAUGGUCAACACCGUCCACUCAUUUCAGCAAAAAGUCAUCAAGUUACGAACCAAAUUUCAUUUCGCUCGCGCAUUACCAUCCUUAUCCAGUAACCUAUAUCAACAUCGCGAAAAUGGUUCUACUAAUAUAAAUACUGAAGGGUCAUGGUGGAACUGGAAGCGCGAAAGCAUGAUAAGCAACAUAUUUAUAGAUAUUUAUCAUAUUAUCAAUCUUUUGCUCCCCCUCCCCUUCCGCACUACCAUCCUUCGCUAACCGAUGUCUAGUAGAUUAAGAACUACUCUUCUCCCUUUGGAUUUUGAGGGUAGUAAGAGCUAUGUAGCGUCUGGCCUCUAAUCCAGUACGAAAGUUCCUUAGAUGACAGAGUGGAAGCUCUGAAUCAAAACGGGUCUUGGGCACAACCUAACCUGAAUGCCGAACAAAAGGAGGCAGUUGUUAAGGGUUCUCUCACAAAUUCACUUUAAGAUCAACAUUUCCAGAAGAGGCAUCUCAGUCGUACUUUGGCAAAUAUAAAGUAUUGUUUUUUCGAUUUGAAUUAAGAGGUAAAGCUCAAAGGUGCGCUUUCUUGAUAAAGAUGAAUUUGUUGCUACGUACUGACAGUGAGGUCCUCUAAAGUUACCAUGGUGAUGUGUCAGCCGAGUGCUCCAGUUAUCUUGUGGGGCCCUCCCGGCACCGGGAAAACGAAAACCUUAGUAGAAACCGUGUAUCAAUUGUUAAGGUGGGUACAGAAUUUGGAUACUCAUUGUUUUUUAGUCUCCAAGACAGUAUGUGUGUGACUAGUAUGUGAGACUCCUGCCAUGUCAUUCAAAGGGUACAGAUAAGUUUGUAUUUGUGUGAUGCCACUCAUCGAGAACGGAGAUGCGGGAAUGUCGUUCCUAAGUACUUAAGAAGACAAAGGGGGAGCGCCCUUCUCCUAUCGACAUCCUCAGUAUUUGUUUCUGCCCUUUUCGCCUUGUCAUCAUUUUUGGCCGUGCAUGUUGGGAGACAGAGCAGCAUCAAAAAUUAUUAGCGAUGAGUAUCAAACGGCGCACCAAAGAUCAUAGGCGUGAUCUAUCUCUAAAACUGCUUUUCCGAACAGACAAUCCACGUAUUUUGGUGUGUACGCCGUCCAAUCACUCUGCCGAUCUGGUUGUGGAUCGUUUAGCCCAACUAGGCGUCUCGGAGAAAUACAUGUUUCGUUUGAAUGCUCGAUCCAGAGAGGUGGACGAUAUGAUGCAUUUUCUUAAGGCUUCAGCUAUAAUCCAUCCCCAGAAGCAUCCUGGGAAGCAUUUUCCUCCGCCAAGGGAAAAGCAAUCUUGGGACUUUGACUUUCUUCCAAGGGAAGAAGGAGACUUUCUUCCCAGGAGGACUUUCAAGAUAGACGGGAAGGUCUAACUUUCCUACCGUCCGGUACAAAUACUGCGGUCCCGAUCCGGAAAAGCCUGCGACCUUCCACGAGCUCCUACAAUACAGACUCAUCGUGUGCACCUGCGUGACAGCGAAUUACCUCUGGCAACUUGGUUUUGGUCCAGACACCUACACUGC